UGAUCCUUCAGAGUACUGUAUGCAGGUUGAGUAGCACACACAAACAUAUUUUGAGCCAAAUAAUUACACACAAAAGGACAAAAAAAGACAGACGAGAUCAUAAUGAAUUGAUGUGGUAGCUAGUGAUUGUCAGAAACAUUUUGGGGAGGCUCUUAUUCUCAAAGGUUUUUGGAAUAGCAUUGUUUCAUUCAGGUUGAAUAGCCUUGUGUCAUAAUGCGCCCACCACCACGCCUAGUUCCCCUAGGGGGUUAUAUAUUCCACAAAACCAUUCCAGGUGCAUCUCAUGGAGGGGCAGCAGUGGAACAGGAAGAUACUGGACAAACUUCACUCCCAGAACUCAAUCAUAUGUGGACACAUUAUGGAUUACUUGCAGCUACCAGAAAGCAUCACAGAAAAAUCUACACCUGGUGGGCAGAUUUUGGCAGAGAGUAAACAGAGAAGCUCCUCUGACAAUAUCAACUCUCCACAGACAAGUGACAACACCUGCAUACCCAAGGACUUCAGCUGCAUAUACAACAAAGAUCUACUCCCUGCUCUCCGUGGUGAGGACACAACCAAAAGUUUCUUCCAAGAGCUGGUGAACAUUCUCCUCAGCUAUGUCUGCAAGUCGUUCAGACGGAGCUCCAAAGUCCUGGACUUCCACCACCCUCACCAACUCAGAGAGGGCCUGGAGGGCUUCAGUCUGGAGCUCCCAGACCAGCCCGAGAACCUGGAACAACUCCUGGUCGACUGCAGGGACACCUUGAAGUAUGGAGUCAAAACAGGUCACCCACGCUUCUUCAAUCAGCUGUCAUCAGGGCUGGAUGUCAUCGGUCUGGCCGGGGAAUGGCUGACGUCUACCGCCAACACAAACAUGUUUACUUAUGAAGUGUCCCCAGUGUUCAUUCUGAUGGAGGAGAUUCUACUGAAGAAGAUGCGGGAGAUUGUGGGUUGGUCAGAGGAAGAGGGGGAUGGAGUGUUCUGUCCAGGUGGGACCAUGUCCAAUCUGUACAGUGUCCUACUGGCCAGAUACCACUUCUUCCCUGAAGUGAAGACCAAAGGGAUGACUGCUCUGCCCAGGCUAAUCCUCUUCACAUCAGCACAUAGUCAUUAUUCAGUCAAGAAAUCUGCAGCAGUCCUUGGGAUAGGAAGUGAAAAUGUUGUGGUGGUGAAAUGUAAUGACCGGGGGAAAAUGAUCCCUGCAGAAUUGGAGUCAAGUAUCAUUACUGCCAAAGAUCAGGGUUGUGUCCCAUUCUACGUCAAUGCCACAGCAGGCACCACUGUGUACGGAGCCUUUGAUCCUCUCAAUGCCAUCGCAGACAUCUGUGAGAACCAUGGACUCUGGCUGCAUGUUGAUGCAGCCUGGGGCGGAGGACUGUUGAUGUCCAACCUGCACCGUGUGAAACUACAAGGGAUUGAACGAGCCUGGUCUGUGACUUGGAACCCUCAUAAAAUGAUGGGUGCUCCGUUGCAAUGCUCAGCCAUACUGGUGAAGAAAAGGGGCCUCUUGAAAGACUGCAAUCAGAUGUGUGCUGAAUACCUUUUCCAAACUGACAAGCACUACGACACCUCUUAUGACACCGGAGACAAGACCAUUCAGUGUGGCAGGCAUGUUGAUGUCUUCAAGCUCUGGCUCAUGUGGAAGGCCAAGGGUUCAGAAGGCUUUGAAUCACAGGUCAAUAAAUGUUUGGAAAAUGCUGAGCACUUGUUUGACAAACUCAAACAAAGACCAGACUUUGAACUCGUCUUCAAAAGUAAACCUGAACACAGCAACGUGUGCUUCUGGUACAUCCCACCAAGUCUAAGGAACAUGUCACCAGGUCCUGAGAGGAACAGGAGACUCCAUAAGGUGGCACCAAAGAUCAAAGCCAAGAUGAUGGAGCAGGGGAUGGCCAUGAUUGGUUAUCAGCCGCUCGGAGACAAAGUUAACUUCUUCCGAUGUGUCUUCUCCAACCCAGCCACACAGACAGAGGAUGUGGACUACCUCUUGGAGGAGAUCGCUUCUCUUGGUCAUGACAUCUGCAUCAGGACUGAAACCGAUUUAUGAAUCGGGUUGGGUGAAUCAGGAUUUAGACCACUUUAUGAAUCAGAUUGUGGCUCAGAUCAAAUUUAAAACAUGCGUUUAGAAUUAUUCUCAAAUGUUUUAUUGCGAAAAUAUUCAAAUAUUUGUAUUUCAGAUUCAGGUAGUCAGUUAAUUUCUACAUACAUUUUGUGUACAACAAUACUGUAUCUAACAGGACAAUGAACAUGGUUUAAUUUUUGAAAUAUAAUUUCUCAAGUUUGACAUUUUAAAAUAUAGAUGUUAAGUAGGCAACAGUUGAUGCUGUAAUUGUAUUAACCGAUGGGUUGUUAGUGUUUAUCAUAUUGUCAUCGUGUGUGGUCUAAAAUGUUACAUUUUACUAAAAUGUCCAACAUCAUCUGUAGGUGAAGACAGAUUUGAAGAAAUACAAUCACAAAGCUCUAAAAUGGGUCAGUUAUGUUUUUCAUGUCAAUUAACAAAUACAUUUUUUUUUGCUUUUGUACUGCACGGUUUACAGUACAAUGUACAUAAGAGUAGAACAAAACCCAGAAGAACCACUAAGCCUGCCCUGGUCGUGAACGAGCUCUUACAACCUUCCUCCCUCUCCCCAUGUUCCUCCCCCAACCCUGGGCUUCCCUCGUCAGACACAGGCACUGGAGACAUCUCCUUUGUCUGCCCAGCCUGCAGGUGCCUACCUGAAUGUUCACCAGACACUGUGGCCCUCUCUUGGUGGUCUAUAGACAGGUAGCAGGUGUUACUAAGCAGCUGUUUGAAGAAGACAGGUGUGUAUUCUGGGGGGGAUGGGACAGAGAUGACGGCCAUAAUGUCCGGGUCAUCUGGGAGCUGGGAGACGGAGACCCCAGGUGGCAGGGUGGUGACAGAGCGACACCAGGGGCAGCGCAGCUCACUCAGGCUCAUCUUCAUCUGGGUCAAGCACACAGAGCAGCAGGUGUGUUGGCAGUCCAAGAGCUUGGGCCUGUACUGCAAAUUGUAGCAGUUCAGACAGAUCUGACAUGCUAACAUGAGGUUUUGUUUUGUGAGACAGGUUCCAUAAUCAUGAGUUUGGUUUGUUGUGUCAAUGUCAGGCACAAGAUGUCAAACCACAAACGGUCUUGUUCCCUCAGUGUGUGUGUGUAUAUAUUUAUAUGCAGAUUAGGGAUUAUUGCACAUCCAGAGGGAGACUCAGACAUUUACAUUUACAUUUAAGUCAUUUAGCAGACGCUCUUAUCCAGAGCGACUUACAAAUUGACAUUUCAUGCUCUUGGUCUCACCUCUUCUUUACAGUUGUGUUGACACAGUACAUAGUUAAAUCCAUGACUGGCUCCAUCUACCCUAUUAGAGAGAAGACAUUUGUCAAGUCAGUGUGUGAUGCAGUAAUCCUCAUUAAAUCACUCAUACUGAAAAAGGAAAAAGACUUGGUCAAAUCCUGCCCACUGAGCUCUGUCCAAAACACUGGUCUCAGAAACAAACAGUAGCAUUAAGGCUGCACAAUUCUGAUCUUGUUCCACCAAUCAGCCUUUU